AUAUAUAGAAGGCGAGCAACCAGAACAAUUCCUUCUUGUGUGUUGGAACAUUUAAGAAAGGACAUCUGUGAAACCUGGGGACCAUGGAAAGGACCUGGCCUCAGCUGGUUGGCACUGCAGACUUGAUGGCCUAGGUCUCCUUGCAGCCACCUCUCUCUUUGGUUUGGUUUUUGGUGUCCGUGCAGAGUGUUCUGAGGACAGGAAGCGAAAGCAGUCCCAUCGGAAGGUAGACGGGGGGUCUGGAGAGCGAUGGAGUGCUGACCCAGCAGUCAGGAGGCCCAGAGCCCCAGUGUGGUUCCAUGAGCAAGUUCUCGUGUCACAGACUGUCAGGCUUCUGCCUGUGAGCCGGGUUCCUGCCCCCUGAGGCAUGAUGGAGCAGACCCACGUAGGUGUCAUGUGAUUCUCCUGGGGAGCUGCUGCUUGAGUGGAGAUGCUCUCAGGGGUGGAAAAUGGACUGGACCCCCGGGCUGCCAUCCCGGUCAUCAAGAAGAAGCUAGUGGGCUCCGUGAAGGCUCUGCAGAAGCAGUACGUGUCCUUGCACACGGUGGUCACGAGCGAAGACGGAGAUGCCAACAGCAUGUGCAGCGCCCUGGAGGCCGUCUUCCUCCACGGCCUGCACGCCAAGCACAUCCGAGCCAAGGCCGGAGAAAGGAAGAAAAGCACCCACCGGAAGCCUCUGCCUCAGCCUGUCUUCUGGCCCCUCCUGAAAGCCAUCACCCACAAGUACAUCAUCUCAGAAUUGGAGCACCUGAUCUUCGUGAGCACGGAUGUGGGCCGCUGCCGGGCCUGGCUGCGGCUGGCCCUCAACGACGGCCUGAUGGAGUGCUACCUGAAGCUGCUGUUGCAGGAGCAGGCCCGCCUGUGCGAGUACUACCAGCCCACAGCCCUGCUCCAUGACGCCGAGGACGGCGAGUUCCUCCUGAGCUUCCUGCAGGGCCUGACAUCCCUGUCCUUCGAGCUCUCCUACAAGUCUGCCAUCCUAAAUGAGUGGACCCUGACCCCGCUGGUCCUCUCUGGGCUCUGCCCGCUCUCGGAGCUCGAUGUCCUCACUACCUCUGGCACAGGACUACAGCGGAAGGAGUCUCUGGAUUCCAUCUCCCAUUCCUCAGGCUCGGAGGACAUCGAGGUCCAGCACUCGGGCCAUAAGAUCCAGCGGAACAGGCAGCUCACGGCCUCCUCCCUCAGCCUGGACAUGGCCCGUUCAUCCCAGCUCUCCUGCAGCCUCAACUCUGACAGCUGCCUCCUCCAAGAGAAUGGCUCCAAGAGUCCAGACCGUUCCGAGGAGCCCAUGUCCUGCGACUCAGACCUGGGGACGGCAAAUGCCGAAGAUUCGGACCCGUCUCUGCAAGAGGUGUUGUCGGAAUUCAGCAAAGCCCAGGUGAACUCUGUGCCCACCGAGGGACUGAGCCCAGAAACGGAGGUUCCCGUGCUGCAGGCCUCGCUCACCCUCCACGGCCUGGACACCAGCACACCCCCGCCCUUUGAGGUACCUGCGGAGCCCCGCCCUGCCCAAGCAUCCCCUGGGACCCGAGAUGGGGCCCACACGGGGGAGCCUCUUUCCCAGGCGCCUGGCCCUGGGGGCUGGCUGAAGCUGGGCAUGGCCCAGGCUGUCCCUUCGGGGAGCACUUCAGGCCAGCAGCCUCCUAGUCCUGUGAGAGAGGCAGCCAGAGCAGUUGGCCAAGGAAGUGGCCAGCGGAAGCCCCUGGAGGAUGACAGACCUCAGCUGAGCCUUGUGGUUCCCUCACCCACCAGUCCGAUAAACACAAACUGGAUCUCAGAAGAUGACUUCUACCGGCCUCCCCGGGAACAGCCCGUGGAGAGUCCUUCCGAUGCCUCUGUAGGUUCUCCCAGAGGGACUCCAGAGUCAAGGCCUGGUCUCCUCACGCAAGGACCAAGAAGAAGCUGUUCCUUGGAGGCCUUGGACAAAGCUUGCGUGCCUUCCCCAGGAAGCAGGAGAGGCGAGGCCACCCUGGCACCAGAGCAUAAUGACUUCAGGGUGGUGCAUCGCAGGCAGAUGGGGCUGUCCAACCCAUUCCGGGGGCUCCUGAAGCUGGGCACGGUGGAGCGGCGGGGGGCCAUGGGCUUCUGGAAAGAGCUCUUCUGCGCGCUCUCCCCGCUGGAGCUGCGCCUCUGCCUGAGCGGCGAGGAGCGCACCUGCGUGGAGAACUGCUCGCUGCUGCGCUGCGAGUCUGUGGGGCCGGCCCACAGCGACGGCCGCUUCGAGCUGGUCUUCUCGGGCAAGAAGCUGACCCUGCGUGCCUCGUGCCGGGAUGAAGCCGAGGACUGGCUGGACCGGGUGCGGGAGGUGCUGCAGAAGUGCCGGCCCCAGCAGGAAGAGGAGUGGGUGACCAUCCAGUAUCCGGACUAACCCGAGGACCCCCCAGAGGCCCCCCAGGGUGGCCACCCCUCCCAUUCGAACCUGCUCUCAGAGCCUGAAACCCCCCAGGGCCUGCAGUUGGACUGGUCCUCUUCCCAAGUUCCCGAGCCCGAUGCUAUUAAAGAAUCCCUUCUGUACAUGUACGACCGCACCUGGGUGCCCUAUAUCUUCUCCCUGUCCUUGGAGUCUCUGAGGUGCUUCCGCAUGAGAAACAACGAGAAGAUGUUAAGUGACAGCCAUGGAGUCGAGACCAUCUGAGACAUCCUGCCGGACACAAGCCUCGGGGGCCCAUCCUUCUUCAAAAUCAUCACAGCCAAGGCCGUCCUGAAGCUGCAGGCCGGGAAUGCCGAGGAGGCUGCCCUGUGGAGGGACCUGGUGCACAGGGUCCUGGCGUCCUACCUGGAGACGGCCGAGGAGGCAGUGACGCUCGGCGGGAGUCUGGAUGAAAACUGUCAGGAGGUGCUGAGGUUCGCUACAUGGGAGAAUGGCUUCCUGCUGCAGUAUCUGGCGGCCAUCCCCACGGAGAAAGGCCUCGACUCCCAGGGCUGCUUCUGUGCAGGCUGCUCCCGGCAGAUCAGCUUCUCAUUUGUACGACCCAAGCUCUGUGCCUUCUCUGGCCUCUGUUACUGUGACAUCUGCCAUCAAGACAAUGCCUCAGUGAUCCCAGCCAGGGUCAUCCACAACUGGGACCUCACCAAGUGCCCGGUCUGCAGGCAGGCCCUGACGUUCCUGACGCAGAUCCGGGCCCAGCCCCUCAUCAGCCUGCAGCUGGUGAACGCGUCCCUGUGUGAGCACGUGGAGCGGAUGCACCUCAUCGGGAGGAGCCGGGAGCAGCGGAAGCUCCUGGGAGAUGACCUGGGGCUGUGCCGAAGCGGAGCCCUGAAGGAGCUGAGCAAGAGAUUUCUUCUCAUAGAGCAGCAGCAGCGUCACAGGGAGAGGAAGACACAGGGCAAUUGCCCAAGGGCCAAGAAAGGGGCUUUUUCCCCUUUCUUCUGCGAAAGAGAUGCUCAGGAGAAGGCGAGAGUCAGGAGGGCUGUUUCUGGAGAAGGCGGCCACUUUGGCUUAGGGAUAUGUAUAGACCUCUCAACGCCACACGCAAGAGAAACAUGGCACAGAAGCUACACGACCAGGAGUCUUCUGAUGAGGAUGAGAUUUUCCACAAGGAUGCGGGGUAGAUGAGAGGGGACAAGUUAAAAAUCUCAUCUAAAAAGGGGAAAUAAUGAAAAGUGUAAUUGUUCCUUUUGAGAGUGAAAGCCUUGGCAUUAUUCUUCUUAUCUCAGGGAAAUCAGCAAAGCCCCGGCAGAGGACGUUCGGGCUGCAGAUUCGGCUCCUGGGGAGACGGGUGAGGAAAGUGAGGCAGCACACGAGACCGGGACAGUGUAAGCCCCGUUCUGCCUCUGACCACCUGCACAUUUCAUUUUCCAGUAUUGGUUUCUCAGCAUCACUUGUGAAAUACUUCUUCUGAUUGUUUUAA